AUGGCAUCUGAAAUUUCCGAAAAGGGUGCUUCCCCUUCGAUAAAAGCCUCGAAUAAAAAUGCUUCUAACGUCCUCACGAGUGAAUAUUCACUCCCUGGGGAGAAAAACGUGCACUAUGUGAAUCGAAACGAGACACUCUUUUUUACAGAAUACGAAGACGAUAUCAUUCCAGGAUAUGAUUCCAAUCUCAUGCGAGCGCGGGCAAUGCUUAGCAGCGCCGACGAGAAAAAGCUCCUUCGCAGAAUCGACUGGCAUCUCAUUCCAUUGUUGGCUAUCAUGUACCUGCUUAAGAGUGUUGACUUUACCAAUGUCUCCUACGCUCGAAUAAUGGACAAAGGAACGUCGCAUAAUAUACUGACUGAACAGAAAAUGACUUCGGACCAAUACAAUUUGGUCACGACAAUGUAUUAUAUUCCUUACAUUCCCGAAGCGCCAUCUAACCUUCUACUGAAAGGUGUACGGCCAUCAGUCUGGCAGGCGAGAAUAAUGGUGAGAUUCGCUUUUCAUUGCCUCAAAAUAUUUUUUCUGGCUGAUGAUUGCAGACAGGGUCUGUAUGUCGUCCGAUUCUUCCUAGGUCUGUUCGAGGCAGGUCUGUGGCCGGGAAUGCUCGUCCAGCUAUGCUAUUGGUACCGCCCAGAUAAAAUUCCCCCUCGCAUUGUCCUCGUGACAAUCCUCGGGAAUCUCAGCACGGUUAUUAGUGGUGUACUUGCGUUUGCUUUUAACGGAGUUGUCGCCAGCGGGUUAUCUGGGUGGAAAUGGUUGAUACUGACCGAGGGCAUCUUCACCAUUCUCUUGGGGGCCUUUGCAUAUUUUUUCCUGCCAGAUUUUCCAUCUACAUCUUCCUGGCUUUCUAAUAAAGAACAAGCUUUCAUUCAAGCCCGUCUUCCCAGUAAUUCCCCACGAGCAGCCGAGGCCAACUUCGAUCUCAAAGAGCUCAUCACAACACUCAAGAACAAGCGAAUCUGGCUGUUUCUUCUUUGCUGGGCCUGCUUCAUCGUUGGCACCACAGGGCUCUCCUUCUAUCAGCCAGCAGUCAUUGCCAAUCUUGGAUUCACAUCAAUGGGCGAGACGCAACUUUUGAAUAUUCCCUCUGCGGUCUUCGCAGUUAUCUUGACAGUGGCUUUCGGUAUUUUCGCAGACUCGGGACGAAUUCCUCAAUCUGCUAUCCCGCUAGCCUUCAUGAUGGUCAUCGAAACCUGCUAUGGAGUACUUUAUGCUUUCCCUAAUAACGGCGGGGUUUAUGCUGCGAGUGUUAUUGCGGGAGGGUUUUCUACUGCAUGUAUUGCAAUGGGAUUUGUGGGGAUGGCCAUCAUCAUGAAUUUGAUCACUUGGGGUUUCACGUGGAAGGCGGAUGUCGAUACUCGAAAACUGAAGAAGAUCAGGCUUGCGGCUGCGAAGCUAAAUCAGGCGGUUUUGGAUGAUGUUGAUAUUCAUGCUGGGGAGAAAAUGGAGACUUAG